AUGCAUGUUAGACCAGACAGACCCCUAGUCGUCAAGUGCGCCUUCGAUAGAUGGAACAAGCGGAUAAGCUUUGCUUCCGCUAGGAAUUGCUCAUACGAGCUGCUGAGGAACAGAGUUGAGCAGUGUUUCUCACUUUAUGCGACUUCAUAUGUGAUUGCGUACAAGGACGAUGACGGCGAAAUCACCGAUAUCACCACAGAAUCCGAUCUCACAGAAGCCAUUCAAUACUUCCAGGCUGGAUCUGAUGAUCCUCCGCUUUCCUCUGCAGCAUCAAUUCUAUCUGGCCGCAGCUUCGGAAGCAGACGGAUAACGCUACGUGUUCACAUCACUGUUGAUUACGAUGGCCCGAGCCUAAGCGACACAUCAAGUCUCGCCAGCAUGGAAGAAUACAAAGGCCGUAACAGGAGCGAAGGCGAAUUAAGCUGGUCCGUUGGAGGAGGGGAAGUUGACGAUGAUUCAGUGACAGUGAGCUCGAGAGAUACCAAUUGGCGCUUUGCAAAAGGGUCGACAGUGCACCCUAUCACACCGCGUUCGGAUGACUUGGUCAAACAUCAAGACUCGUUUUCUAUACCCGAGAACAGUGUUACCGGUUGUUCGGCAUCCCAAAGAGAUUCGACAGCGGUGGAAGAUCAAACAAUGCAUGACGAGGGUCCAUUCGCAGACAAUCACCAGUUCUUCACUGAAGAACGCGUUCUAGAAGACCCUGUAGUUGCAUUUGAACGACUCAAGCUCCAGGAGCACCCUGAUGCGUCAGCAUCUGACAUGGCCCCUUCACAUCGGUCAUGCUCUCCUACGCCGAUUGACAUAGCAUUGGCGCGUUCUGCUCAGGACAGAGGGGCGGCGUGGUUGCGCGAUCAAAAUGCGCGCACAAUCAAAGCCAUGCUCGGGGCAACACCUGAGCCCUCGGAAUCUGAUUCGAGGUCAAUAUCAUUAACAUAUUCUGACGAGCACAUUCCAUCUAACAACAUGGAUGGGGAUCUUGCACUGGAACGAGAUCCUCGCGGGAAAUACUACUACUCGUAUACUGGUGCAAGUUCUACGACACAUGACUCGGGUUACGAGGACAAUUUGAGUGUAAAGUAUGACGCUGACCCCUUUAACGGUUCGCCCCCGCGGCCAAACAGCAUGCAGCUUACGUGGAUUGCUUCGCAACAAAAGCUAGCAGAUAAUGAUCAUUCCGAUAACAUCCCUGAUUCAUAUAAGCGUUUUCCCCCACUCUCCUCCAAAUCUGACCAAGCUCCAUACCCAAUCGCUCCCGACAUUCCACCAGAGGUGCUCCAGUUUGUUGCACCUCCAGGACCUCCUCCAGGCUCGCUCACUACUUGUUCAGACUGUGGAGUCAUGCUAGAUGGCAUUCGGUACGUCUGUGCGGUGUGUGGUGAGAAGGAACCUCUGGCAAGCAUCGUGCUCCGCAACGGUUCAGACUCUGAUCUAGGCAAAGGAAAGGCCAGAGACUUAGAGCCAUUACAUUCUUAUCCCCCUCAUCCUCAUCACACACUCCUGUCAUCUUCACCAUCCCCAUCUACGUUCUUCGACUCUGUCACAUUAAGCGGGUCACCGCAGACGCGCAGCGAACACAAACACAACAAGCCACUCCCUUCCUUACCCGGUUCCUCUUCGUCAAGCCCUACAUUAUAUAGUGCACGGUCAGGUUUCAGAUUUCGCCAUGGAUCCGAGUCGUCUACUAUGGGCUUUGAACUGUGCUCGGGAUGUGUUGAAUCGGCUGGCGUGAUACAUGCGCUUCGUGCAAGCACGGAGCGGCGGAAUGGAUCAGGUGCAGAAUCGUCUCCGGAAGACGAUUUAUCAUCGUGGAGUCGCUCCGCUCCCAGACAGAAAGGCCAGCUCAGACAUGCGUAUUUUGAAAAGGUCUGGGGCCAUCAUGGAUGGGAAGACGUAGAGCAAGAUGAUAUGCAUAUCUGUAAAUGUUCGACUUGCAAUUCAGCCAUCGCGAACCAGCGGUAUAAAUGUACAUCAUGUCAGAAAUUCAAUCUAUGUCGAGCGUGUUACAGCCAAGUCCACGAUAUACACCCUUCACAUGCAUUCCUGGUAGUCACGGAAAAGUCUGUUAGGUCUAGAAGUGAACCAGAAUAUUCACAUGCUCUACCAAUGAUAAUGUCAAACGACAAUAAUGAGGAACGUUCUAUGAAACAUCCCGGCGUCAAGUGUGCACAUUGUUUACAGGAUAUUCUUGGUGCCCGAUUCCACUGCGCGAUCUGCGACUCCAUCGACAUUUGCUCCAAUUGCGAGUCUGCAGGACUUCCAGGCAAUUUGGACUCCUCGGACGGGGGGCACAUAUCCUCGCAUAUUAUGAUAAAGAUUCCCUAUCCACUCGAAACAACAGAAGUGCAAACGGCCAGCCGCCGUGCCAUCCAUUUAUGGACAGGCAGGGACGCAGCACAUGUUUUGACUGCAUCCCGCUCCAAACCAGGCUCCGUAUACUCUUCAUAUGCUCAGACGGUCGUUGGCUCGAGACAUGCCCGAAGUGCGCUCGAUGGCGAGUCGCUGAACCACCACUUGUCCUGCAAGGGCUGCAACCAGACAAUAAUUGGUACACGGUAUCAAUGUGCUACAUGCCCCUCUUCACCCACUGCAUAUAGCUUGUGCCAAUCAUGCGAGCAGAAGUCAUAUGCCGUCCAUGACCCAAUGCACUCUUUUUUCAAGAUACCGAGACCUGUUAAUGUACAACUCGAGUCACCGUCUGGUUUCCUUCCGAAACUGUACAAGGUCCCGGCAGGUCCUGUUGGUGGCCUCGCACCCAACGCAGAUCCACAAGAGCAUCUCUAUCAUUUGGUUCACUCCACGGCGCUUUGCGAUCGCUGUAUGGAGCGUAUUCAAGGAGCAUGGUACCGUUGUGCGUAUUGCGCGAAAGACCUAUGUGGAGAAUGUGAAUCUCUUGACACUCAUGACGAGACGCACAUAUUUGUUGUAUUUAAGGCACCUGUCGACAUGGUUCAAUUCCGGCGAUUCGCAAACCUGGAAAACCCCAACGACAGCCCGCCUAUUAUCCCUUUCCCAGUGUACUGCUAG